AUGGUAGCCAUUACACGUUCCACGACAGCACAUCAACAACAAUCGUCGAAUACGGAAAAUAUGAUUAUACCUGCUGGUGCAACUAAAGUAGAUAAGAAAAAUAAAGUGGCAAAACAAUGUGCAUCAUCAUCUACGGUAUUUUUUUCAACACAACCGAUCAUAGCAACAACAGGAAUAACAGCAACAUUAGGUACGUAUAAAAUGUUGUCAUCACAUGCAUCAAAUACAACUGUAUGUUUAGAUAAUACGACAUCAACAGUACCAACUUGUUUAUCAGAAAUUGAAUCAUCUCAUCAUCCGAAUAGUGAUAAUGAUGGUGGCGUUAUUAACCCUAGUACGCCCAACAUGGGUCAUUUCUGA